UUUUCCUCCGUCAUCAACCUCUUGAAAUGUUGUAGCAUCUUCACUUUACCUUGGUGUUUCUUAAUCAUUCUAAUUGUCUUUUUCUUUUUUAAUCACAAUUUCAAUCACCACCUAGUUUUCUCACUCCAAAAAUCAUCAUCAUCAUCUCUCUCUCUCACUUAUUGACUCUCUUUUCUCAUCUCUAUCUUUUGUCUUCCUCUUCAAGAUGAUCAACAACCUUAUCUGUGUUUUUAUUUUUCUCGUUUAAACUUGAAAAUAACUUAAUAUAUCACAAUAGUCAAGUUGAUGCUGAGAAUUGAGUUAAAAUUAACUUAUUGGGAUAUUAAUUUAUCAAUUUAAUUGUUGUCAUCUUUAAAUUGUCAAUCGAUUAGUACUUGUAUCAAAUUGUCAACCAUCAACUUAUUUACACUUAAUAGCGACAGUUAAUUGUUUGGGUGAUAAUUUAACUAUAAAUUGUGACUUUUCGUGUAUCAAUUGUGCCAAUAUGAGAUUACCAAUAUCAAUUGUGAUCAAUUUAUUGAUUGUGAUUACGCUGUCAUCUCUAAAUUGUGAUUCAGCUUCAACUCCUCCAGAUACUAAUAGAGAAAGUUUGGAGAUAUUAAAAUAUUUACAAUCGACAAUGAGAACGAUGGAAAUGCGAUUGGGUAAUUUGGAGUCUAAAUUGUCAUCAGCUAAUUUGGCCGAUCAAUCGGUGAAGGUGAACAAUGUUCAAGGUAAAGUUGACCAAUUGGGUUCGUCGAUAACAAUUAUCGGUGGUAAAGUGGAAAGGAUGGAAAGUAUUCUGAACAAAUUACAAUUAACUGACCAAGAAAAAAAGAAAUGGUGUAACACUGAGUAUGGACAAAGUUUGUUCAGUGUUCAUAAAACUGAAUCAGAAUCGAUUCGUAAACAAAUGUCAUCAAUGUUACAAGAGAUUUCAGAGCUGAUACGAAGUGGAAUGGGGAAACUGUUGAUCAGAAUGGAUUCGUUAUUAACCGAAUCAAGCAAAUCAUCAACGAAUUCAGGUUCAUUAAUUUCCAGUGGAGGAAAUUACAAACCGGCGAUUUCCUCUUCCUCAACAUUACCUACAACGACAACCAACUCACGAGCCGGUUUUGAAUUGGCAGGUAGUGAUGAAUCAAUUAAUCGUGGUAAUGGUGAUAAUCAAGUAACAAUUAACUUCGAGCAGCUUAAUAACAAACUGGAUACAUUGGUGGGUCGAUGUUCAUCUCAGCCCAAUCGGGGCUCAGGAGAUCAUAGCAAUGAUAUAAUGACCACAUUGGCUCAGUUCCGAAGUCUAUCACAGGAUACAUUGAAUACGAUGGUGAAAAAGAUUGAAUCAACUGAGAAUCAAUUGUUAACAACGAUUUUCAAUUCCUUGGAAGUUCCUGGAAAAUUAGUACAAGUUAAAGAUCGAGUUGAGGAUAAUGUGAGCAAACUGCGAACACAAGUCGAUGGCCUUUCAUCCAACGCUCCCAUUUUACGGAUAUUGCGUCACAUCAAAACUCAAUUACCUGAUGUUUCAAGAGUCACGUGUAUGGAUGAUCAAACCUCCGAGCUACUUGAGAAAGCGACUUCUCAGGUCAACACCAUGAUCGCCGAUUAUACCAAACAAAUUGACUCGAUUGGUCUCAGUUUGACCAAUGUCAAUACAAUUGUCUCUCGACUUGCAAGUAUGACAGAGAAAUACAAAAACAAUUCUGUUCAAUCGUCAAACAGUACAAACCUCAAAGAUUCAUGGAGAUCGGUAACUCCGUGGGAGUAAAAUAUAAUAUCAUUUGCUCAUAAACAAUAAAAAUAAAUGGAAAAUAAUAAAAAAUGAUUAAAAUCUAAGAGAUUGUGUAUAUAAAUUAAAGACCAAAUUAAAGAAUCACUUUGGCUCAGA